AUGAGGCGGUCUGGCAAAGGCCACGGGGACGCCUUCCAAAAAGCUUCAGUGCUGGUGACCCAGAAAGAGGAGGGCGGGUGUGUGUGGCCCCCGGGGGUUCAGAAACUUCCCAUGCAGCUGGCCUCUCUGCAAGCAAAAGCAGAAUUGGACCUGGUGACAGCCAGCGUGGCGUGGCGGUUAAGAGCUGGCUGGGGGGGGGGGUCAGGUGUGCCCAAUUCGGACCCUAACGAGAACGAGGCCGGCCCUCCUGGCUUUCGCCUCAGCGCCGGCCGAGGGGCUUUGGGGCCGAAGCGGGGGCCCCGGAGCCUUUGGCGGCGGUCCCUUUCCCUUCUCCUCGAGCCCGUCUUGGAGGGCAGGUGGCAGCAGAAGCCGCGGCCGCGGCCGGCGCGGGUGCGCUUUUACGCGCCGGUGCGCCUCUGGCGCUGCCGCGGACCGCCGGUGCCUUUCCCCCGCGCCGCGCCGUCGAGAGCAGCCGCCCGGGGAGGGCCGCUUUCCUCGGGGCAGCCGCCGCCCCUGAGCCUUGCCGGGCUUCCCCUCCCCGGGCUCCGGGGGUCCCCCGCCGCAGAGGACCCCUCUGGCCGUCCCAUGCGCCGCUGCAGCCCGAGCCGGCCUCCGCGUGGACCUCCCCUGCAGCGCCCAGGCAGAGCAGGUGAUGUCUUCGGAGACAAACCGAAGCUUGAUUCAGACAAGGUGGAGAUACGAUUGGUGGGGCUCCUCGGUUCCAUUGUGGUGCUUGGGUUUCAGCUUGCGGUUCCACAGCCCGCCAUUGAGCACAGAAAGGUUCCGCAAAGGAUAGACGAACACAACGUUGCUGCGGAAGAAGAAAAUGGAGGAAUCCCGGGGGUCUGGGGAAGCUGGGGGCCCUGGUCAGCCUGCUCUCGGAGCUGCAGCGGAGGGGUCAUGGAGCAAACGAGGCCGUGCCUUCCGGGAUAUUAUUACGAAAGGAACUACCGCCUGCCGGGGCAGUUCUCUGUCUCCGAAAGGACCCUUGGCCACCACCAGCAGCUGCACCACCAAGAAGACCUCCUGAACCCUUAUUCCGGGCACGUCAUCUCCGCCAUACGGACGUCGGUGCCUCUUCACAGGAACGAGGAGCAGAGCCAUGGGGGCCUUCGGGCGGGACUCUCCUCAGCGGGCCGCAACGACAGCCACUUGAGCCGAGGCGCGUUGAGGGGAGGCCGCCCUUCUCAAUCUCGGCGUCGUAGUCCGAGGCCGGAUAGAAGAGGCAGAAACAAAAAUCCCAUUGGACCCGGGAAGUACGGAUAUGGAAAAGUGCCCUACAUCCUGCCCCUGCAGACCAACACGGGGCAAUUGCCGCACAAGCCACGCCGCCAGCGCCAACUGGCAUGGCCAACGGCCAACCAACCAAGCGAGGGCACCGGGAGCCCCUUCGGACAUCCGGCCAGCCCUUCCCAUCACCAAGGCGGCCUGCAGCGGGACGACCGCAGGCCUCAGCCCAGGCCGCAGGGAGCGAGCAGUCCCUUGUAUCGGCAGGCGGUGCACCACGGCCAGGUGUUUCCUGCGUCACAAGGCACGUUCCACAGUACUGACUUGAGCAGCCAUGUUCCGGUAUCCCACCAGCCCAUCCAAGGUCAGCCUCCGGCUCCGAGGACCUCGGCCAUCGUGUGCACUGGAGCCUAUAAGCAACACAAACUCUGCAACACAAAUCCAUGCCCUGAAAACAGAAGCAUCCGGGAUGCGCAGUGUGCAUCGUACAACAACAAGCCUUUUAUGGGUCGGUUCUAUGAGUGGGAACCCUUUGCAGAAGUGAAAGGCAGUCAGAAGUGUGAGCUCAAUUGCCGAGCUGUGGGCUACCGCUUUUACGUCAGGCAAGCCGAGAAGGUCAUCGACGGGACGCCGUGCGACCAAAACGGAACCUCCAUCUGCGUGGCCGGUCAGUGUAAGAAUAUCGGCUGUGAUGACUACCUGGGCUCAGAUAAGGUUGUGGAUAAGUGUGGGAUCUGCGGAGGAGACAACACAGCCUGCAAAGUUGUGUCUGGAGUCUUCAAGCACACCUUGACCAACCUUGGAUACCACAAAAUAGUUGAAAUCCCAGAAGGUGCCACGAAAAUCAACAUCACAGAGAUGUCAAAGAGCAAUAACUACUUGGCCCUGCGCAGUCGUUCGGGGCGGUCAAUCAUCAAUGGGAAUUGGGCGAUUGACCGACCGGGGAAAUACGAGGGAGGAGGGACCAUGUUCACCUACAAGCGCCCCAACGAAAUCUCGAGCACCGCUGGGGAGUCCUUCUUAGCGGACGGCCCAACUAACGAAAUCUUGGAUGUCUACAUGAUACAUCAGCAGCCCAACCCAGGUAUCCAUUACGAGUACAUCAUCCCAGGGCCCAAUGUCAUCAGUCCUCAGGUGCCUCUUCACAGGCGGCCAGGAGAGCCAUUCAAUGGCCAGUUGGAUGUGGCGGAGACUGUGAAUUAUGAGGAGGAAGAUUUGCAUCGGGAGACAGGCACUCACGUUGGGCAGGCCGGGGGGACCUUUCCUGUGAUCCAGCCAGGCCGGUUUCCUUUGCAUCCACCAGAUAACCAGGUGCCUGCUGGUCAGCCACCAAGACGGAACAGAGAGCACAACUGGAAACAGAUUGGGAUGACUGAAUGCUCCACCACAUGUGGGAAAGGGUCGCAGUAUCCCAUCUUCCGCUGCGUGAGCAGAAACACUCACGAGGAGGUGACCGAAAGUUACUGUGACCUCGGCACCAAGCCGACUCCAGAAGAGGAAGCCUGCAACAUUUUCCCUUGCCCAGCCUUCUGGGACAUAGGGGAGUGGUCAGAGUGCAGCAAGACCUGUGGCCUGGGAAUGCAACACCGCCAAGUCCUGUGCCGGCAGAUCUACGCCAACCGUACCCUGACGGUCCAGCCGUACCGCUGCCACCACCUGGAGAAACCAGAGACAACAAGUACAUGCCAGCUGAAGAUCUGCAGCGAAUGGCAAAUUCGGACAGAAUGGACACCGUGUUCGGUGCCAUGCGGAGUGGGGCAGCGGAUGCGAGACGUCAAGUGCGUGAGCAACCUAGGAGACGUGGUCGACGACGAGGAAUGCAACAUGAAGCUACGGCCGAAUGACAUCGAGAAUUGCGAUAUGGGACCCUGCGCCAAGAGCUGGUUUCUCACGGACUGGAGUGACCGAUGUUCUGCAGAAUGUGGCACGGGCGUCCGGACGCGCUCCGUCGUAUGCAUGACCAACCACAUCAGCAGUUUACCCCUGGAAGGCUGCGGGCACAGCAGGCCUUCGGACACAACCCCCUGCGACAGCGGGCCAUGUUUCGGGAAGGUGGAGUGGUUUGCGGGGAGCUGGAGCCAGUGUUCGGUUGAGUGCGGCAGCGGAACACAGCAGAGGGAGGUGAUUUGUAUCCGGAAGGCCGAGAGCAGCUUCGAGAUGUUGAAUCCCUACGAGUGUUCGCAUUUGGAAAGACCGCCCAGCCAGCAAUCCUGCGAACUCAAGCCUUGCGGCGCCAAAUGGUUUAGUACAGAAUGGAGCACGUGCUCAAAAUCUUGCGAAGGCGGCUUCCGAGUCCGAGAGGUACGAUGUCUGUCCGACGACAUGACACCAAGCACCAAGUGCGAACCACAGCUCAAACCGGAGGAGCGGGAACCCUGCAACACCCAGGACUGCGUACCAGAAAUAGAUGAAAACUGCAAAGACAAAUAUUACAACUGCAACGUGGUGGUCCAGGCCCGGCUCUGCGUUUACACCUACUACAAGACGGCAUGCUGCGCCUCCUGUCUGAGGGUCGCCAACAGGCAGUCGGGGUUUCUGGGACGCAGAUAACA